AUGGCUUCAAGCCUGCCAAUUCCCGCUCCUCCUCGGACGCCCACCCCGCCAACGCCCAUACCAGAGGAGCCAGCUGGAUUGGGCAUUGGGCCAGCAGGGCAGACGGUGCAAUCUACCAUCUCCUGGGAUCCCAAUACCUUGUCCCCAAAUGCAGACACCUUUUCACAACGGUUUGGCUCAAUGGCCUCGCCGAUGAACAGCAGCAUUGGUUCUGCGAGUCCAGCGACGCCAGCCUUUGAUACCUUUGACACCUACGACAACAAUGGCACAACGAGACCUCCGUCAGCUGGAGCAAGAAAUCCGUUCAACUUCCAGACGCAGAUCAUCAGCGACACUCCUGCAGUCGCAAAAUCAGUAGGGCAAUCACAGCGCGCAGCAAAAGGCGGUCCGCCUCGAAGAAUCUAUGCUAACAGACGCAAAAAGAACAUAGGCCAGCGCAGAGGUCACAGAUACAAGCACAGCAGUGUCUCUGCCCAGCACCAAAUCUUCCUCGAACCCCCUCCCCGAGCACCUCUAGCACUUCCCGCCUCCCUCCCCAUCCCUACGUUCAAAGAAGCAUGGCAUAGCAUGUCGAAAGAGCAGACCACGCGAAUAGUUUGGUGUGGCUGCCACGCCUUAGUAUCAGCAUAUGUGCUCUACUCCUCCGCCGGAUCUCUGGCCCUCACAGCACUCUCCCACCUCAUCUUCUUCGACGCCAUCUCGGCCACCAUCUGCGUAGUCGUCGACGUAUUCUGCAACUUCGAAGUCUGGAAACGGUCGUCCAUCCGUCACCCCUUCGGCCUGCAGCGCGCAGAAGUCCUAGCCGGCUUCGCCAUGUCCGUCUUCCUCCUCUUCAUGUCCUUCGACCUCAUAUCCCACAACCUCAAACACGUCCUCGAAUCCAUGGGCCACCACGAACCGCACCACCCACACGAACACCGGCGCAUCUCCCCAGGGAGCAUCGACUCCGCGGCCCUCCUCUCCAUCCUCGCAACGCUAAUCUCAGCCAUUGGUCUCAAAAACCACGCUCGCAUAGGCUACGCCAUGCGCUUCGCAUACAUUUCCUCCCUCCCCUCCAUCCUCUCCAACCCCUCACACUUCCUCACCCUCUCCUGCAGCGCCAUCAUGUUCCUCCUGCCCUUACUCAGCAUCAAAAUGUACAUCUGGCUUGACCGUCUCCUAUGCACCGUCAUCGCGGCAUCCAUGCUCUUCCUCGGCAUCCGUCUCGCCAUGACGCAGGGGCUCAUGCUACUCAUGUCCCACAACGACGAUGGCGUGAAAGACGUGAUAAGAGAGAUUGCGAGGGAGCCGAUGAUCAGCAGUAUCCAGGAAGCGCGGUUCUGGCAGGUGCAUUUCGGGCUUUGCAUGGCGAAUAUCAAAGUCGUAGUACGCGGUGAUGAUAGCCAGGUGUUGAAAUUGAGGGAUCGGAUUACGGUGUUAGUGCGGAAUAGACUUGGGGGUGGAUAUGGUAGGGGUGGAGGCGUGAAGUGGGAGGUUACGGUGCAGUGUACACAGGAGAAGGGACGGUUUUAG